UUGGAAAUGGGAAUUGUGGUUCAUUCUGUGGUGAUUGGGUUGUCAAUGGGGGCAUCUCAGAGUCCUUGUACGAUUAGGCCUUUGGUGGCUGCGCUUUGUUUUCAUCAGCUCUUUGAAGGAAUGGGUCUCGGUGGUUGCAUCCUACAGGCGGAGUACGGGUUAAAGAUGAAAUCAAUCCUGGCCUUCUUCUUCGCGACUACAACCCCAUUCGGCAUUGCGCUUGGAAUAGCACUGACGAACGUGUACAGCGACAGCAGCCCGACAGCCCUCAUCGUCGAGGGAUUGCUGAACGCGUGCUCGGCUGGGCUGCUGAAUUACAUGGCGCUUGUUGAUCUCUUAGCUGCAGAUUUCAUGGGUCCUAAACUUCAGAGCAGCAUCGGGCUCCAGUUGUGGUCGUUUGCGGCAGUGCUCUUUGGCGCUGGAGGCAUGUCUCUCAUGGCUAAAUGGGCCUAAUAUAAGCUAGUUAAUUGAAUUGUUAGGUGUAUCUAGACACUGCUAAAAAACG